AUGGCAGCGAAAAAAGAAAAAUCUGCAGCGGAAACAUUUUUCAUCAACUUGAUGCUUGGUGGAACCGCUGGAGGUAUUUCAAAGACUGUCGUUGCUCCGAUUGAGCGAGUCAAGCUCCUCCUCCAGGUCCAGGAUGCCUCGCAUCAGAUGAAGGGCGCUGGUGUCAAGCCCUACACUGGAAUGAUGAACUGUUUCUCCCGAGUUUACGCCGAACAAGGAUUGGCCUCUUUCUGGCGAGGAAACAUGGCAAAUGUUAUCCGAUACUUUCCUACACAGGCCCUCAACUUCGCCUUCAAAGAGCGAUACCAGAAGUUCUUCAUCCGACACGACAAGAAAACCGACUUCUGGAAGUUUUUCGCCGGUAUGUUGGCCGCUGGUGGUGCCGCCGGUGCUACAUCCAUGGCUUUCGUUUAUCCCCUCGACUUUGCCAGAACUCGAUUGGGCGCUGAUGUCGGAAAGAGCGCUUCUGAGCGACAAUUCAACGGAAUCGGCGACUGUAUGAGAAAGAUCUACAAGGCGGACGGUAUCACCGGUCUCUACCAGGGCUUCACCAUCUCCGUUGUCGGAAUCAUCAUCUACAGAGCUUGCUUCUUCGGUCUCUACGACACCAUCAAGGCGAUGGCCUUCGAUGAUCCCAAGAAAUCAAACUUCAUCUUCUCUUUCUGCGUUGGUUUCGCUGUCGAAACUCUGGCUGGAAUUAUUGCUUACCCAAUCGAUACUGUCAGACGUCGAAUGAUGAUGCAGUCUGGAGAGGGCUCUCAACGAAUGUACAGCGGUUCUAUCGACUGCGCUAGAAAGAUCCUCGCCAACGAAGGAGGUGUCCCUGCUUUCUUCAAGGGCUGCUUCUCGAAUAUCCUCCGUGGUCUUGGAGGAGCCAUCGUUUUGGUCAUGUACGACGAGAUGAAAAAAUACGUCUAA